AUGGAAAUAGAGACGAAAAUCAAAGCCUACCGUUUCGUCGGCUAUGCAGCGGUGUGUUUCUCGACGGUUGCUGUGGUUUCGAUCGUGAUCACGCUUCCGAUGGUAUAUCACUACAUGUCAGCUAUUCGCCAACAAACCGGACUAGAAAUGGAGAAAUGCAAGUCACAAAUCAAAGACACUUGGAAUGAGGUGUAUCAUAUGGGAUCAGAGGUUCUCGUUGCAAAUCACACAAGGGUGGCCCGUCAAGCAUCCAAGUGUGACGAUUGCUGUCUUCCCGGAGCUGCUGGGCCACAAGGAGCGCCCGGAAAACACGGACGCCCAGGACGUUCCGGAACUCCUGGAAUGCCUGGCAACCCUGGUCGUGCACCAACCAACAUGUGCGAACCAAUGACUCCACCACCAUGUGAGCCCUGCCCAGCUGGAGGGCCCGGACCCCAAGGGCCCCCAGGAAUUUCCGGUGACGACGGACCUAACGGACCAGCGGGACCCUCUGGUCCUGAUGGAGAACCCGGAGAUGCUGGACCAAAGGGAGGUCGUGGACAACCUGGCCACCCCGGAGAGCCUGGAUCACCUGGUCCAAAUGGCCAUGAUGGACAAAAUCGAGAACCACAGCCAGGAGCCCCUGGACAACCUGGCGAAGACGGCUUGGAGGGACCACCUGGCGAGCCGGGAGCCGAUGGAACUGAUGGGCAAGAUGGACAACCAGGAUCCAAAGGACCUGACGGAGCUCCUGGAAGACCCGGAGAGGACGGACAAAAUGGAAAACCCGGAUGUGACGGACAGGCCGGAGUCGAGGGCGAAAAGGGACUUUGUCCAAAAUAUUGUGCUCUCGAUGGCGGCGUUUUCUUCGAGGAUGGAACCACCAGACGU